AUGAUAUCCGAAAACGGAGUUAGCCCGCUUCCGUCAAAAAUUGAAGCAAUAAAACAGAUUCCUGUACCAAAGACAGUGAAGGAAGUCCGAAGUUUUUUAGGGUUGUCAGGAUACUACCGCCGUUUUAUUAAGGAUUAUGUAUCGAUUUCGGCGCCUCUCACUAAAUUGACCACGAAAACCAGCAAUAAGCAGUUUAACUGGACCGCAGAUUGUGAACAUGCUUUUACAAUUCUAAAAACAUGCCUAUGCAAUUCGCCGGUUUUGGUUCAUCCUAAAUUUGACAGAGAAAUCCUCCUACAAACCGAUGCCUCGGAUAUAGGAUUAGAAGCAAUCUUAUCUCAGCUUGAUGACAAUGGCGUAGAGCGGCCCAUCGCGUAUGCAUCAAAAAUCUUGUCUGGUCGAGAGCGUAAGUAUUGCACUACCGAAAAAGAAGCGUUUGCAGUCAUAUUUGGUAUUCGUACCUUACGAACGUAUUUACUAGGCCGGCCUUUUAAG